AUGCUUUCUAGAUCCACAGCCGGGUGCUACACUUGCAAGCGUAGGAAGAAGAAAUGCGAUGAGCGUCAACCUACUUGCUUCAGAUGCGAAAAGGGUAAAUUCGAAUGCGAAGGGUACGCCCCGUUCGAAAAUCCCGAUAGCAAGGGCGUUAUGAGGCGGUCUAAGGCUACAUCUUCUGGUGGUCCUAGGCAAGCAACUACCGUGGAUAAAAAUUCUCGAGAUAAAAGUUUGGCUAGUUUACACGAUAAACCUCUUUCUCUUAAAGAAAUCCCUACCUCAGACUUAUUGCUCGAAGCGGCACAAGAUACUCAUGGCUUGGACCAAUCCAACAAUGUGACUCCACCAACUUCCAAUACACCUCAACCAGAUUCAGACGAGUCCGUGUCCCGACCAAAUAGCUCCGGCAAUAUGUCUUCGGAAGUAUCAGCUUCAGUAACCUCCGAGAGUCCUAACUCCAUAAAUACCGCUCAAGACCCCGCUAUUAAACAUUCAUUGAAUCUUCGGACAUCUAGUUCAUUAAUUCCAAAGGCGAACCUUUCAUUGGAUACCAAUCGGACCAGUCCACACACUUUCAGAAAUUUGGGACAGUACUCUGUUAGAUUGAGUGGAAACAAUAUUUCUGCUCUGGAAUUUUGGGAUACAAAACCAGUAGCAGCUCCUGGACAUUCUCGAAGAGAGCUCACCACACUUGACUCGGGACAACUCUCAACUAGCACUCGACUUUUAUCCACAGCGCGCCAAUCAGCUUAUAUAAUCGAAGUCGACGAGGAUGGAGAGUUUGAAAGCGAUGAGAGUGAGAUCGAACAGGAAAUGUGGAUUGCUCCGACCAUGGAUCCAAAUACGCAGGACAAUGCACUGCCGUUUGUUUUACAAUGCUAUGCUCGAUGGGUGAACCUUGCUGUCUUUGACCCUCGUAGCGUUGUGGAUCUACUUAAGAAUAGCAUUAUUGAACAAUUCAUGCGCUCACGAGGCGAGCGAACGAAGGUCAUUCUACUUGCGAAUGUCAUCGGAACGUUGGGCAAAACCAUCAAUCCUAACAGUAGGAUGUUAUCACUGGUGUCGUUUCUCCGCAUCGAAGCACACGAAAAGAUAGGGAGGUUCACAUCACGCAAGCCCAACGAUGACCGUAAAAUGGAUAUGCAAAAUGCCUUAGAGGCACUGGACCUCAUGAUGGAAGUUACUCUGAUUCAGCGAUACUGUGGUGCGCUAUCAAGCGCCCUAAUGUUGAUGGAAGCUUCUGCGCCAGUAUUUCGAAGGGCUUGUCCCGAGCCUCCAGGAGAGCCUGUCAACCUUCCAAGAGUGCUUGCAUCAGGUAUAAACCUUCGACAUUUCGCAGCAAACGACAUCGUCCUCAGCAUUACGACAGGACGUCCAACGAUCAUGCGCUACGAUGUUACUUACCCACCAGAUAUCCUUCCACAGAUCACAGAUAAGCACUACGGCUUACGAUGGCUGCACGGGAUCUCGGACCAGUACAUCAUAUUGUUGGCUCGGAUUAAUAUACUAUCAGAGGGUCCGGACUUGCAAUCUUCUGGUAGUCAAGAUAUAGUCAACGAAAUUGCGAGUGAAAUUGAAGAUGCAUGGGGGCACUGUGAAUCAUCGGAUGACUCUCUGUUUACGAUAUGGAAGUAUAUCAUUAAAGAGGGUUGGCGAAUAGCGAUGCACGUUUAUCUCUACAUGGUUUUGUGCCGGAGGCGUACCGAUGACCUUGAAAUAAUGAAACUUGUCGAAUCGUUUGUGCGAUUGGUAGAAAGUGUAAGGGCCGGUCGUAUGCCUGAUUCUUUCUUAUGCAUUCCUAUGAUCGUUGUAGGCGCCUCGGCAUAUAGAAAAGAGGAUCAGGCUGUGAUCCAUCGGAGAAUGUUCGGCCUACAAGAGGUGGCAACUCCCGGUCUCUGCGGGAACGAAGCGCUGAAUACACUUCUUGACGUGUGGAUGAGGGCCGAUUCAGAGGGUCGAGCCGCAGUUUGGUCAGAUGUAAGGGUGGCUACUUAUCGAGUCACAGGCAUGUAA